AUGGCACGUAUGGUUGUGCUAGGAUGCUGUCUCGUUAUUAUACCGGCCAUGGGUAAGUUAACUUCACUUUUUUACUGUGUUCUAAUAUGAUCACUGCUCAAGAGAUGAUUCGAUUUUCUUGUAAUACCGUAGUUUUAUAUAAGGACAGUGAACUCGCUAGCUCAGAAGGUCAGGCGCACUUGUUUUUCUACCGAGAAAUAAAUAAAUUUAACAGCUCAUUUCAUCGAGUCGCAGCUAUGGUGGAAGAGCUAGUCCGUACCGGCGGGUUUCAAACUUGCUCCCGUUUCGCCUGUAUAGUAUAAAUUUGAAAACAGCAGAUUCAAUAGCUCUACUCAAGUUGUACACCAGUUUUAUGGCGCAGAGUGUAUCGAAAAUGAAGUCUCCUGGCUGACAAAGAACAGGCUUUUCGAGGUCGAAACGUAGCAACGUGUCAACAUACGAAGUAAAAAAACUUGCAAUGGUUGUUCAUACUUCGCCCAAAGUGUCACGAAAUUUAUGUUUUUUGGUUACGUAUACAUAAAUUUACUUUUCCCUUAUAAUGCUAUUUCAUCAUUCAUUCGUGGGCGAUAGUUUAAGGACGAAUGCUUUUGGCCUCAUUUCAUAAGCCAGGUUCUUCUUGUUAUCAUUUUUCGGUACAUAAAGAAACUGCUAUUAAUAAAUAUACAGAAUUCGUUGUGACACUGAACACUGGCGAAAUAUUUAUUGUUGAUGACAGUGCUGUAGAAAUACUAUCUUAAGGUCCUUAAGCUGCGUUAGUUUUGAAUGAAUUUUGUUGUGCGUACGUCCUAUCAACUUAGUACUACGUUCGAUUGCCACUGACGCUACAGCACGUAAUUCUGAAGAAGUCACGCGACAUUUCAAAAUGCCCCGAAAAUCAACAUUUCCCACAACAAAACUACCUAAAUUUUUUCCAAUUGUUUUCUAAUUUCAUGUAAUUUGGAAUGAAAUAUAUGUUUCCGAACAAUUGUGAAAAGUAACCUUUUCCCCGUCGUUUAUUAAUUAUUAAGAACUAAAAAUUGCGAACAUUUUUUGAAUAAAGAUGUCGGUUGCUUGAGAACUCUUAAGACGUCUUCGGUUAUUCCGUAUCUAGGUUAAAGUGUUUACAUUCUCAGAAUGUUUCUUUUGUGUGUGUAUGAUGAUGUGUUAAAAAUAUUCGAUAAAAUGUUCGUGUUGCUACGAGCAACAUAGAACUAACUAUACUCUGUAUCAGCUAUUCUCCUGUCGUCAGACGAAUGUAGUAUUUAAUAGCACUCUUCCCUUCCUUUUCCUUUCUCGGGUCAUGUGGUGAAGGAGUAUUUUUCUUUUUAUCAUCGCCCCCGCAGGGAUUUCGAAGAGAGGGCGAAAUCUCGAGGAGGCACUCUAGUAACUCGCCCGAAUAUCAAGGAACGUACUUACAGUUCAGGGCCCAGUUCUUCGAAGGCCGAUUAGCGCUAACCCAGGGUUAAUUUUUAACCCGGGUUUCUUUUUCUUUUUUAAAAGCAUUUUCUCGAAUAAUUUUCUCUCUUCUUUAUAGAGCAUUCAUACAAGGAAUUUGAUGACGAAAAAAAAAUUCAUGCGGCUUGAAAAUUCCCCACCCCCCCCCCAUAACUUUUCUAAUGGUCCAUUAGGAUGACAUUAGGUAGAUUUUGUGACAUUUAUUGUACAGUCGUACUUCGAUACUCUUUUGCGUUACGUGUUAUCUGUGACAUUCUGUGGAGCAGUUGUUUUGCCAGUUAUGGACCAAAAGACACACCCGUUAAGCCAGUAGAGGUUAUAAGAUGCUGAGAGAGUUUGCCGGACAGGAGUUCACAGAUCUUCGGAUUGGAAACAAUUCGCCAGACACUCUUCCUUUCUCUUAGGGGGAAUAAGACUCAGUCCCAAACACUCAAGACGAGUGAAUUUAGCAGAACUAUAGUCUCGGCUACACGGCCUUUUUUAGUGUUGUCACGCAACGCUCCUCCCGGGAGAAGCGUUGCGUGACGACACUAAAACCGGCUGUGUAGCAGACUAGCAGAACGAUGGAAGAUUACAGAAAUUCACUGACAAUCAAAUUCUGUGCUGAUUGAUUCCCUGCUCACUUAUCCUUCUAUAAAGUUUUAAAAAAGACUAGAACGCGCGAGCGUGAAUUGAUCAAACCUUUUAAUUUCUCCGGCAAAUAAAAUGAACUGAACUUGCAUGGCUCAAUUUGACUUGUAACCAUGCCCCCCCGGGCACACCCGCGGAGAUUUGCAAUAUAUUUUUUUCUUUCAUGGAGGUCUCAGGUUCCCCACCCCGGGCACGCAGAAAGUAGAUCAUUCCCCACCCCCAAGCUCCUGAUCGACCUCAUCUACGCUUUUUGCGUCCCUUACGUCGAUGUUAUUUUGUGUUUGCGUUUUAUUGGGAUACCCGAUAAAAAAGCCUCUGCAGAAGAGAGAGACUCUACUAUGAACUAUGCCAACUACACACACCUUGUUAUCAUGAUCGCAGAGCGUGAUAACACUCCGUAUAACUUGAAUACUAUACUUCUAGCAGCGAUCAUUACUUUAACAGCACAAUACGGUGGAAGCUCUCCAGACGGACACUCUCGUAAGCGGACAGCUCUACUUACGGCCACCUUCACACUACAAGAGCCCGUUUUCCUCAACUCCCAUACAAACACUGUAUUUUUACAAUCCCUUGAGUGGCCAGCUGCAGCUACGGACACCUUUUUCGCGUCGCAAGGGUGUCUACUUACGAGAGUUCCACUGUCGCGUGGGGUGAUUUUCACGCGCGCUAGCGAAUCCGAUGUUGAAUCAACACAUCAGCCUGAAAUCAUCAACCAAUCGUAACUAAGUUUCAUGACGCUAGGUGAAACAUGAUUCAUUCAUCCCCGGUUGACCACAGACUGAAUUAUCGCUCAAGUAAAAUAUAAUAUUUCAAACUCAGCUUAAUUUCAUUAGAAACGGGUUGACUGUUUUGUGAGAAUUUACCCGCGGAGAUUUGCAAUAUAUUUUUGUCUUUCUUGGAGGCCUCAGAUUCCCCACCCCCGGGGUUUCAGAAAGUAGACCAUUCCCCACCCCCGAGCUCCUAAUCGACCUCAUAUACGUUUUUUGCUCCCUCUUUUUGAUCCGUACAAGAGAAAAACGACACGUUUUCAAAACUUUUAUAUCCGUUUUCCAGAGUUUAUUGAGAGAGGGAUAAUGGAUGUCAUGAUGUAGUUAAAACAUGAACAAUAAAUAUGAAAACGAAAACGAAGAAGAACAACUCUUUAAAAAGCGACUCCUUGAUAGAACACUUCAAUAAGAACACUGGACCGAAUCUCUGAUUCUCUCUCUAUAUAUACUGUGUAUCAAAAGCCAGGAGCCGAUUACUAUCGGCUCCGACAGUCAUCGGCUCCUGCAAAAGCCUUGUAUUCGUUUUGAUAUAAGUUUUCUUUUCAUUAUUUAAACUUGGCCUGAAGAAAUAUUUCUGUCCUAGUUUCCAGAAAAUAAAGUCCAUUCGAGUACGCAUCAUAUGCACAUUCGUUUCAGAUUUUAAAACAUACUUUCAGACUUAAAUUUUGAUAAGUAUUUCCUCUCCAACCACUCUCCGACAAAUUCCUGCGUUUUUCCAUAAAAAUCACGUAAUCUUGAGGUCCACAGCCAUCGUGUAUACCGCGCGAGAAAUGACACGUACUUCUCAAAAUCAAAGAGGAGAUAUUCUUGAUUUGCCUCACCACCACUACGCUUGCCCCAGGACAGGACCGCUUCAAACAAUUCCCCACCCCCGGGCCCGAGGGGCUGGACUUGUCCCGGGGGUUGCCCGAGGGGGAUGGUAACAGCUCAAAUUGAACCAUGCACGAAAGUGAAAGAGAAAUAGCGAAAAAUUCAACUUCCAAUUAAAUAUUUUUUUGUGGUUUCAGAAUAAUAAUUCUCGAAACUGAGAGUGUUUUGAUCAAAGCUGUGUAAAUCGAACUGAAAGAGUGCAUGGAAUCAUGCGUUUCCCGUUUUUAUCUCACCUGUUGUAUGGAAUAUGUGUGAAAAUCUUCAUUAUGAAUCGGUAUAAGAGCUAUACAACGAGCAAGAAUGCUAUUGACCAAUAGUAUGCAGAGCGGAGACAGCUGUAGUGUCAACUAUUACUAGCUAUUAUUAUUAUAAAACUUGAAAGUGCAACCUGUGUCACAAUGUUUUCUUGCAAAUUGUGUUGUAAUUCAAUGUAGGCGCGUACAUGCGAGAGAUAGCCUGCGUAGCAAGCGUUUCCGUGCGGUUUAGGAGCAAAGAACGAGGAACGAGAGUCAAAGACCGCGCAAAAAAUGGCGUUAGUAAAAGAGCGGGGAGGGGGUGGGGAAGAAAGGAAGGAAACGCUUUCAGACAAACCCCGGGAUUUUGAAAACCGCCCACUCCGCCCUCUUUCAGUUUUUGGCUCUUGUUUCAUUUCUCGCGCGGCCAAAACCGAGAAUCCCGUUCCUCGGUCUUUCUUUGCUCCUAAACCAAACGGAAAGGCUUACUACGCAGGCUACGCGAGAGAGGGAGAGAACAAAUAGAUAGGGAAAAGGAGAAAGAAAAAAGUGGUUUUAUAGAAUCACCACGUGACCAGAUUUUCCCUUUACCUGUCAUUUACUGUUCAUUCUAUGUAAACGAAUUUACCAGCCUCACAUUAAUAUUUCAUCCAUAAGAAUUAGUUUGCACAGUUUUUUCUAUUUUGAAAAAUCGUCAACUUGAAAUUGACGUUUGCCUUUUGCUGUAAACGUCAUUUCAGCUAUCAUAAGAUAUCGAACAAUUAUUUCAGAAGGCACGGCCUCCCUUCUUCAAGGUCUUACAUACAAGGAUAGAUAAGGUUAAGCUAAGACGUUACAAUUUGAAAUAAAUGAUAGCUUGCGGUGUGAUACUAUAAUAACACGUGAAAAAAAAGGUAAAAGUGAACGUUAAAAGUGAUAUGAAACAAAUACUGUUGAAGCACUCUAUCCUUUAUUUCAAAUUGUAACGUCUUAACUUAACCUUAUCAUUGUAUGAAAAACCCUGAAGAAGGAAGGCCCCCUCUUCCGACGUAUUAAUAACAAAAAAUAUAUAUAUUCCCGACUGUAAAAUCAGCCUUGCCGAUGGUCGCGAUGCUUCCAACAUACGCCACAUCGCCUUUAUUCAGCGCGGGCUUUCUACUCUACUACUCUCUCCUCCGCAGGGGCCUCUUUGUAUCGUUAGGAGUCUUGGGAGAGGGGAAAAGAAAGCGCGCAGGGGGACUUCCCAUUGUCCCCCGCGCACUAGCUAUUUUUCGAUUAUUGCUAUUUUUAUUGGGUGAGAAAGUGCCCAGCGGUUUUCUUGAUAACAAGGGUUUGUGGGGGUUGCUCAGUCUCGUGGGCUCACAAAGCCCCCCUUUGGUCGAUGUUAUUUUGUAUUUGCGCUUUAUUGGGAUACCCAGCAUGAGCCUCUGCAGAGGAGAGAGACUGUACUACUACACACACCUUGUUAUCAUGAUCGCAGAGCGUGAUAACACUCCAUAUAACUUGAAUAGUGUACUUUUGGCAGUGAUCAUUACUUUAACAGCACAAUACGGUGGAAGCUCUCCAGACGGACACUCUCGUAAGCGGACAGCUCUACUUACGGCCACCUUCACAUUACAAGAGCCAGUUUUUCUCAACUCCCAUACAAACACUGUAUUUUUACAAUCCCUUAAGUGGCAAGCUCCAGCCACGGACACCUUUUUUGCGUCGCGAGGGUGUCUACUUACGACAGUUCCACCCUCGCGUGGGGUGAUUUUCACGCGCGCUCGCGAAUCCGAUGUUGAAUCAACACAUCAGCCUGAAAUCAUCAACCAAUCGUAACUAAGGUUCAUGACGCUAGGUGAAACAUGAUUCAUUCAUCCCCGGUUGACCACAGACUGAAUUAUCGCUCAAGUAAAAUAUAAUAUUUCAAACUCAGCUUAAUUUCAUUAGAAACGGGUUGACUGUUUUGUGAGAAUCGGGGCUAAUUGUAAACGUUUUUGCAUCUUGAUUUUCCAGUUUUUUUNUGAUAACACUCCAUAUAACUUGAAUAGUGUACUUUUGGCAGUGAUCAUUACUUUAACAGCACAAUACGGUGGAAGCUCUCCAGACGGACACUCUCGUAAGCGGACAGCUCUACUUACGGCCACCUUCACAUUACAAGAGCCAGUUUUUCUCAACUCCCAUACAAACACUGUAUUUUUACAAUCCCUUAAGUGGCAAGCUCCAGCCACGGACACCUUUUUUGCGUCGCGAGGGUGUCUACUUACGACAGUUCCACCCUCGCGUGGGGUGAUUUUCACGCGCGCUCGCGAAUCCGAUGUUGAAUCAACACAUCAGCCUGAAAUCAUCAACCAAUCGUAACUAAGGUUCAUGACGCUAGGUGAAACAUGAUUCAUUCAUCCCCGGUUGACCACAGACUGAAUUAUCGCUCAAGUAAAAUAUAAUAUUUCAAACUCAGCUUAAUUUCAUUAGAAACGGGUUGACUGUUUUGUGAGAAUCGGGGCUAAUUGUAAACGUUUUUGCAUCUUGAUUUUCCAGUUUUUUUUUUUCUGCGGAUGACAUGAAGCUACACGUAUAGUUAAGAUUUUAAGGACUCCAACGUGGGAUCGUACUCGGUCAUGGCACAGGUUUUUUCCGCGUCACCUGUCUCUUAUUUCUUUUCUAUUUGAGUCGCAAGUCGUUAAGGUUGUUGGGAAUUAGAGACCCUCUCCUCUUUCUUUCUAAGGCCAAUGAGCAGAAUGGAUGAGCUUAUUAAUGUUACCCCUGAAGCUGAGAAAAGGCCAUUGUGUUUAUCGACCUUAUAGAAAAAACGCUUGCUUUUCUUGACUAGCUGGGGAGAUGCCGAUAAACUGCAUGUAUAUUGACUUCAGAAAACUUUUGUUCUACAUUAACCUGAGAAAACAUCCGAUAUCUCACGACGCCACCACUAUCUUCCCGGGUAAUGACCUCUGAAGAACAAGCGCUGAAAGUCCAUACUAAUGACGUGUCACUACCCAGAUCUUGCAUCUGAGUGAUGAGACAAAUUAUCAACCAAUUGGAAGCGCUGCCCAGAUGUGGACAGUGACACGUCAUCAGUGUGGAAUUACUGCCCUCGUUUCUAAGACGUUAUUUCGUAGAGCAACUAGUGGUGGCGUCGCGAAAUGUCGGCUGUUUUUUUCUAGCUCGUUCUACAUUGUUAUUGAUGUUAUUUUUGUUUUGUAUUUUUUUUUUAAGUUUGGUGUCUUAAAUGUUACCGCUGUUAUGAUGCAGUCACGCAAUGUCAUCCCAGCGGUAACAGGUCCACAGUUCUCGAGUGCACUCCGACAAUGAAUCGAUGCUACAUGAGAAAAAUUACGGAAAAAGAAUCUGAAGACCAAUUGGACGUAGGCUGCACGAAUGAAGCUGGGUGCAUGAUACACGAUAAACAAUGUGCCAGCUCUGGAGACUGCACCUCUAGUUGUUGCGAGUCUGACCUUUGCAACAGCGGCCUAUCGAGCAAGACAUGCGCAAUUUCAAGUUCUCUUCUAAUAACUGGAUACUUCGUAAUCAGUUUUUUGUUGUGAGUUUCUUCCGUUCAUCAAGACAUCUUCCAGGAAAAAUAACAAGGACGAAAAAUUCCCUGACAAGAAUUAA